AUGGGCGCUCACUUUUCAAAAACUCUGACUAUAGUUCGCUCAAUCAAAUCAGUUCUGCCCGGCAAGAAAUCGCGAAUCAUUUUAGCAGAUACUCAAAACUAUGCGUGGGUGGGAGCUCGUUUUUCACGAUACUGCGAUGCCUUCGAAGUCCUACAAGUGAGAGACGUUAGUCAAAAGGAAGAGUAUAUUAAAGAAAUGGUCAGAAUUGGCAGAAAGCAUAAAAUCACCGGUUUCUUACCAGUUAGCGUACCCAGGAGCGCAACGCCAGAUUCAUUGGCAUGUGAGGAGUUAAUGUCAACGCUGGCAGCUUACAGCAACUUCGACCGCCCGUAUCAUGUAUCGGCGAAAAUGUGCGAAGCUCUUGACAAUAAAUUGAUAUUCUGUCAGUAUUGCGAAGUAUUGGGAGUCACAGCUCCCAAAACAGUGAUCGUGAACUCGGACGAAGAAGCGCACCAGCUAAACAUGGAACUGAGAAGUCAAUAUCAAUCUGAUCACAACCAAAUGAUUCUGAAGAACUUGUCUUAUGACUGCCUGCAUAGACUUGAUUUAUUCACCUUGCCUACCAAUUCUGAGAAUUUAGAAAUCUAUUUACAGAAAAUCCGAAAAGAAGGUAACGCCAUUAGCCCGACUAAUCCAUGGACAGCUCAGACUAAGUUGACAGGAAGAGAAUAUUCAGCUGCUUGUAUUAUUAGAAACGGGGCUCUCAAGUUAACUACAGUUUGUGAAAGUUCACCAAGUCAACUUAGAUUUGAGCAUACAGAACAUGUUAAAAUCUGCGCCUGGUUAGAAAAGUUCGUUUCGCGAAUGAACGAGAGGAAUAACAACGUGAACGAAAACGAAUUGAAUCUGAACAACUGUCAAUUAUGUUUUGACUUUAUCGAAGUGGGUAACAAUGUUUACCCAAUAGAAUGCAACCCUAGAGUACACUCACAGCUAUCCGUUUUCUCGUGUUCCGAUGUCGGAAAGUACGUUCUAGGAGCAGCUCUUCUCAAUAUAGAUCUACCCAAGAAUAUUCUUAAAGAAGCUAGCAAAAAUAAAAUUAUGGCUUGUAAAGUUUUACACUUUGGCGACGAGCUUUUCAAGUCCGUUUUCCGACUUAACAAUUACAAAUCAGAGACCAACAAAAUAGACUUCUCGGUGUUUUGGGACAAUGAUGCUGACUUAUGUCUGAAAGAUCCCGUACCGUUUUUCAUGAAGCUUCAUUUUCAGCUACCGAUACUACUGCUUCAGAACAUAUGGAAAAAGCGACCUUGGAAAAAGUUGGAUUUCUGCAUCGGAAAAGUAGUCGAAUUGAAUGGAGAAUGA